AUGCAGGGAGAGCUCAAUGAGCAUGAGAAGAUUGUAUCAGUACUUCGGGAAGUGGACAUAGUUAUCUCCACGCUCCCAUGUCCUCAAGUUCUUGACCAACUCAAAAUCAUAGACGCCAUCAAAGUUGCUGGUAAUAUAAAGAGGUUCCUUCCAUCAGAUUUUGGAUGCGAAGAGGACAGGGUAACCCCUCUUCCCCUUUUUCAAGAUUUUCUAGAUAAAAAGAAAAAGAUCAGGAGGGUCAUAGAAGAAAUUGGGAUCCCUUACACAAUUGUUUCUGCAAAUUGCUUUGGUGCUUAUUUUGUUAAUAUCUUGCUUCGUCCACACGAGAAACAAGAUGAUAUUGUAGUAUAUGGAAGUGGUAAAGCAAAGGCGGUGCUAAAUUAUGAAGAAGAUGUCGCACUCUACACUAUCAAAGUGGCCAAUGACCCUAGAACAUGCAACCAUAUUGUCAUUUAUCGGCCCUUUAAAAACAUCGUGUCACAACUCGAAUUGAUAUCACUUUGGGAGAAGAAGAGUACUAAUCGGAGUUUCAAUAGGGUUUAUGUCCCUGAAGAAGAAUGGGUUCGGCUUUCUAAGACCACACCAGCUCCAAAUAACAUUCCAGUGUCUAUCCUUCACAGCAUAUUUGUAAAGGGUGAGUUGAUGAACUUUGAGCUGGGGGAGGACGACAUUGAGGCUUCGAGGCUUUAUCCAGAUCUUGAAUACACAACAAUCGAUCAACUUCUUGAUAUUUUUCUUGUUAAUCCCCCGAAGCCCACAAUUGCUGCAAUUGAAUGAGUGAAAGGCCAGUGAGAUAUGGAAUAAGUAGUUAUUGGCAGUUGUUGAACACAA